UAGUUCAGUUGAAUUCUGCCAGCUCUCCAGAAAACUCGCACGAAAGGGAGCUAUAAAACCGUUAAAUUGGAGUUCUAAAAACAUUAAAAAGCGCUGCAAAAAAAGUGUAAAAUAUAUUCAAAAUAUUGAAAGAAAAUAACUCCUAAGAAAAAACAUCAAAAGAAGUGAAAAGGAAGUGCUACACAAAAACCAACAAAAAAUCUAAAUUCAAACUGGAAAUUAAGUUAAAGUGACAGAAUAAACUACCCUGGAUAGUAGAGUUAGUUAACAUCCCCGCUUUGUUUUCCACCCAAACGUUAAACACCUGGUUUUCUUCGCUGGCAACGUAGUCGGCCAUUGAGUUGGCCGAUACCAAACGACCUUCAAAACGUUUUGCGUCGAGGCAAUACGCACCAUGGGCUGCGCACAGUCUGCCGAGGAGCGAGCCGCAGCCGCCAGGAGUCGCCUCAUCGAGCGCAAUCUCAAGGAGGACGGCAUACAGGCGGCAAAGGACAUCAAACUCCUGCUGCUCGGUGCCGGUGAAUCGGGCAAGAGCACAAUAGUCAAACAGAUGAAAAUCAUUCACGAGAGCGGCUUCACUGCGGAGGACUUUAAACAAUAUCGACCGGUUGUCUACAGCAACACAAUACAAUCAUUAGUUGCAAUAUUGCGCGCGAUGCCAAACCUAAGUAUUCAGUACAGCAAUAACGAGCGGGAGAGCGAUGCCAAGAUGGUGUUCGACGUGUGCCAGCGGAUGCACGACACCGAACCCUUCUCGGAGGAGCUGCUGGCCGCCAUGAAGCGCCUUUGGCAGGAUGCCGGCGUCCAGGAGUGCUUCUCGCGCAGCAACGAAUACCAACUGAACGACUCCGCUAAAUAUUUCCUCGAUGAUUUGGAUCGGUUAGGCGCCAAGGACUACCAGCCAACCGAACAGGAUAUCUUGCGUACUCGCGUCAAGACCACUGGCAUCGUUGAGGUACACUUCUCCUUCAAAAACCUCAACUUUAAAUUGUUCGAUGUGGGCGGUCAGCGUUCUGAACGUAAGAAAUGGAUACAUUGCUUCGAAGAUGUCACAGCGAUCAUUUUCUGCGUGGCCAUGUCUGAAUACGAUCAGGUCUUGCAUGAGGAUGAAACUACGAACCGCAUGCAAGAGUCGCUGAAACUGUUCGACUCGAUCUGUAACAACAAGUGGUUCACGGACACCUCGAUCAUUCUGUUCCUGAACAAGAAGGAUCUGUUCGAGGAGAAGAUCCGCAAGAGUCCCCUGACAAUUUGCUUCCCCGAGUACACAGGUGGACAGGAGUACGGCGAGGCGGCUGCUUACAUUCAGGCUCAAUUUGAAGCGAAAAACAAAUCAACCUCAAAAGAAAUCUACUGCCACAUGACGUGUGCCACAGAUACCAACAACAUUCAGUUUGUAUUCGAUGCUGUCACCGAUGUCAUCAUAGCAAACAACCUGCGCGGCUGUGGACUGUACUAAGGAGGAUUCCCAAGCCGAAUCCCGAUGAUGAUUAUGACGAUGUUGAUGAUGAUAACGAUGAUGAUGAUGAUGUGGAGCAGAAUGGGGGCGUUAGCAGGGAACACCGUAACGGUAUUAAAGAGCAGCGCGGGAGCACAACAACCCACCAGCAUUGAUCAAAAAACCAAACAAUUUAAGAGCAGAUGAUAGAACCAACCAACCGCAACCACACACAAAAAACACACAGGACACUGGACACAGGACACUGAACACUGAACAAGCAAAGCCCAAAGAACCUUUAUUUGUUUAACAAAAAAACGGCAAACGGACGGAUGGACGGACGGACGGACGGAACGGAACGGUUAUCCCGGAUGGAUGAGAUAUAUGUGGGAAAUAAGCGACAAGUACAUUACAUAAUAUCGAUGAUAAUAUUGAUGCAGAUAAAUAAUGCUAAUGAUGAUCAGGGCGACAAUGAUAAUGAGGCAGCGGGCAGCUGACAGCUGACACUAAAACACGCGAGAGAAGUCACAUUUGCGAACAACAACAACAUCAACAACAAAAACAAAAAGGCAGUUUGAUUGAAAGGCAUUUCCUAUAUACAUACAUAUACAAACACAUACAUAUGCAUUAUGCAAAGCCACAUGUACGACAUGACACUAACACACUCACACUCACACGACAUACACAAGCGCCAGCAUUGCAUAUAGUUGUUGUUUGGUCUGAAUAAUUUUUAUAGAAUUUCAUAAUUUAUGUGUAGUUUAGUUUCCUCAUGUAUUUAUUAAACAAAAACCAAACGAGCGUAUAUCUACAUAUACCGCAUAUAUAUAUACAUACACUUCUAUACAUAUAUAUAUAUAUAUAAAUAUUAUAUAUUAAAUGUUUCCUGUUGCAAUCUCUCUUUGAAAUUAUUCAUGCCAUCAACACUCUGCAUUUGUCAUGCUUGUUUAGACUUAAGUUCGAAAGUUUCAACAAAAUCCAGCGGCAAAGGAAAUAAUAACAUUAAUUUGAUUGCGUGUCAGCGUGUGGGCUAAAGUAAAUAUUAUAUAACAAACCAAAAAACCAAAACAAGUGAGGAAAAGAAAACACAAAAUAUGGAAGGCAAAUCUUUAACGUUUAAGUCUAAUUUAAAGAUAAAUGAAACGGAUAUAAAACUCUAUCUAUUGUAUUUACAAGAACAAAAACGAAGCAAAACUAAACUAAAAAUCUGAAAAAAGGACAAGUAAAGUAAUGCAUACGUGGCCACUUAACUAACUUAUGUAAAGAGCAGCAGUCAUCGAUGAUUGAUUGAUUGAUACAUUUCAGUGUAAAUUGUAAUUUGUUGAAUUUACGUGUAUAGAGGAAGUUUAGCUGGCAACACACACACAAAAAAACACACACGCACACACUGGACACAAACUAACUAUAAUUUAAUUCACUUAAUAAGCUGAUUUGUUGUAAUUUACAAUGAUUUGUGGCAUUUAUACGAGGAGCAAGGCAAAUCAGCGAUGAUCAAAACAUAAUUCAACUUUGACGGCGCACAAAAGCAUGCUAUAUAUUUUUGCCAUAUCUACGCACACACCCACACAAAAGAAAUGAAUCAAAAUGAAAAUGAAAAUGAAUGGAACGCAGAACUCAAAUCUCCCACAAUGAAACUAAGGAUUGUAUGUAAUAAUAUAAUAAUUUAUAAAUUCUACUUUUAAUGAUAAACAUCUUCAUACAUGUACCUACAUAUGUGUAUGUGACUGUAUCUAGCGAAUGGCAUUUAACCCCGAGUAUGUUGAAUUGUUUGAUUAGACUUAUUAUUAUAAUUAUUAUGUAUAUGCUUUGUAUGUAUGUAUUUUGUGCAUUUUGAUUUUACACAACGAUUUAGCUGCAAUGAAUUUAUAUUGUUAUUUUUAUAGUAUUUCUUUUGUAUCUGCCCAGUCUUCUCCUCCUCCUCCUACUUCUCCUCCUUAACUGGAAGUCCCCUCACUUGUGCUCUUGCUCUAGUUGGACGGAAAGCCAUUUAUGUUUUAUAGUUUUUAAGCCUAAUUUAUGUAAACGCACACAAAACACAAACAACUUAAACAUCAACUAAGUAAGUUUAUUAGCGAAAUAAAUAUUAUUUGACAUUCAACAAAAAGAAAGGACAAUUUGCAAGAAGCUUAACGAAAUCGUUUUGGUUUUUCAAUGGAAGCCCCAGCAAAUCCAGUGAAACUUUUCAAAAGUUGUGUUGGCCACAAAAUCCGUACAAUUCCUAGAUUUUAAAAACACUGAUCAGCGAACAUUCACUUCUAAGCAUUUACUUAGGUCAGCCAACACUUUCCCAUUUCCAUGACCCCCCACCCAUCCCCUCUUCUAUAUCCUGGCCCAACCAAAUACUGUAAUAUUUAAUACGUAUGUAUUUUCCAUUCAACUUGUAAAAUUCAACCAAAAAGAAAAAAACAAAAACGCAAAAACCAUUUUCAAAUAAAACUAUUUAUUCAAAAACAAAAACCAACAGCCAUUUUGUUAUUUUCGUUAUUGUUUCAUGAUUUUCUUACAGCCAGAAAAAGGUUUUGCAUGAAAUAGAUUACAUUGUUGCUGCUGGCUUCGAAAUUUGGGUAAAAAAAACCAGCAGAUGAUCAGUAUAUAGUCACUUGACCAGUAAUGCAGAAGAUCAAGAACAAAGAGUUCAAUAAUUGUAUGUAACUAUAAAUAAAUACCAAAUCGAUAUAUUUAUUGACAAUUUAAUUAAGCCACAAACAACAAAGUUAUUCAUUUACCUUCGUGACAAAGUAAACAAGGUCGGUCUAUAUAUACAGAUAUAUAAAUUUAAAUAAAUAUAUUUAGUAAAGGGAGAUCAACAAAUUGCUACAUACAUACAUACAUAUGUACUAUAUUUUUCUCGUAAAUAAUUAUUAAUCGAAUACUCAUACGGUAGCGACUUUAAUUUUCCUCCUCAACGUCGCUCAACUUUUUGAAUCAACCGAGAUCGCAAAACUAAAUAAAUAAAAGAAAACAGCAUUCAUGUAAUAGCAACAUUCGUUCAUAUAGUACAGCAUAGUGUUAACCGCAGUAUAUCGACUAAACUUUUUGCAUAUUUUCAAUACUAAACGGAAUAGAGUGGAUCGGAAAUGGAAUCAAACAUAAUUCAUAUUUUUCUAAAGCUCAUACACCUCUUUGCUCCACACACCCACAUAAAUCAUUAAAACGCAAGCCGCACCACUACUAAAAUUACUUUAAUAGCAGUUAAAACAUUUAAAAGUGAAAUCCAUAAAGAGCUAACAAAGGUAAUGUUAAUUAAUUCGAAUCAAAUGUCGCAGGACAUUCAGACACACGAUUUUUUGUAUGUGGCGAAAAACAAAUAUUUGGGAUUUAAGAGGAGCUGGAGGAAAGACAGGACGGUGGCACGUGGAACAAAGAUUAUAGGUUAGACGAAGUUUAGACACUGUAUCUAAUCUUAUUUGUAGCCUAAUUCAAAAUGCUUUGGUUGUCCCAUGUAGCAGAUCAGAUUUGUUUAACUUGUAUAUGGCAAACUAUUUAUAUACUUAUAAUAACGUAUGUGGAAAUAUAAUUCUCCUCAAUUCUUGAGCUCCUUUUCUCUCUCUAUUGACCCACGUGGAUAAUGUGUAGCUAAUGGCCCAUGGAAAAGUUUUAAAUUGAGAUUGAAGCGAGCCACAGAAUUUAACUAAGCUCGAAAAUGAUGAAUGAAUUUGAAUCGUUGAAUUAAAAAUUUAAAAUAAUAUAUAAAACAUAAAGUAAUGAUAUAAAAACUGAAAUAACAAAACCAAAAUGUUUGUAUGUAAAAGAAACUCAAAACGUUAGAGAUCAUCUACAAUUUAAAUAAAUAUAAAUAAAACCAAAA